CGAAGACAGACAAGUCUUCGGUGACCGUGGUAGCUUCCCGGCAAUAAUGGAAUUGGUCCGCCGUAACAACAUUCGUUGAUUGUCAAUAAUUUGAUGCACAGAAAAUAGAAAUUCACCGAUUUUCUUCCCCCUUUUCAUCAAUAAGCACUCGGUUUCUUCAAUAUUUCUAGCCACAAGUAGUUUGUAAUGCUAUAGUACUGAGUGUUUGUCAAGAAUUUAGAGAAAAAUGCCGGAAAAUUAUCGUGUUGUGCUGCAAAGUCGACCAGGUGUGGAGGGAGUACCUACGAAGGAGAACUUUCGCCACGAGUCUUGCCCAUAUCCUGGCGAUGACCUCAAUGAAAAUGAAGUGUUGAUCAAGACACUCAGCCUCUCAAUGGAUGCCGCCUUGAGAUGUUGUAUGAAUGAAGAUACUGGCGUCUACUACCUGAAGCCCUGGGCUCUAAAUGAGCCUGUGAAUGGCAGUGGUGGUGUUGGUGUCAUCGUUCAGAGCAAGUCGGCCAAGUUUGAGCCUGGUGAUCUUGUUGUGGAGUGGGGAGGCUGGCCAUGGCAGCUGUUCUUCACCAAGCUUGUGGAUGAUAAUCACCCAACAUGGGGAGGCCUCACAAAGGUUCAAAAAUCCCUUGUGGGCGACCGGCCUUCCAUCAUGUUGUCUCUUCUUGGCUUGACUGGUAUGACGGCCCUGAUUGGCAUCCGACAGAAAGGUCCCAUAGAUAAAGAAGCUCAGCAGACGUUCGUAGUGAGUGGUGCAGCUGGGGGAACUGGCAACAUUGCUGGACAGGUCGCCAAACUAGAUGGAUGCAAAAAUGUGAUUGGUAUUUGUGGCAGUGAUGACAAGUGCUCAUACAUCAAGAACAAACUCGGCUUCAACUUUGCUAUCAACUACAAGACGGAGAACGUUGCCGAGCGGCUGAAGGAAGCAUGCCCUAGCGGCAUUGAUAUUUACUUUGAUAAUGUCGGCGGAGAGAUAAGUAACAGUGUCGUAAAACAGAUGAAUCCAAAUUCGAAAAUUAUCCUGUGUGGCCAGAUAGCUCAAUACAAUAUCGAUGUGACCUACCCACCGAAACUACCUGAUGAGAUAGAGGCUAUACUUAAAGAAAAGAACAUCACAAGGGACAGAUUCCUUGUGCUGGAGUUUGCUAGUCAUUUUCCUGCUGCAAUGAAGGAACUCGCUGGAUGGCUCUUCAUGGGAAAACUGAAGGUCAGGGAAACCAAAGCUGAAGGCCUGGAAAAUGCUGGCAAUGCAUUUAUAUCCCUGAUGAGUGGUGGGAAUGUAGGAAAACAGAUCUGUCACGUAUCUAACCCUUGAGUAAGAGAUCAACCAACUCCAUCACAAUGCAAGAGAAAGACCAUUCUUCUUACAUGAAAACUAACAACAAAUCUCCACCCCUCUUCAAUUUUAUGAUUCGCAAAAAUGUCUUGACAAAAGUAAAAUUUCCCAUCUUUUAUUUUUGAGGUGUACAGAAUUUAUUAUGGUUUUUAAAAACAAAUAGUUUUGUGAUUUUCAAAUUUAGCGAUUCAAGAUUAUUCAAGAUAAUAAAAUGGACCCCAAAAGUUGUACAUGUAGUUUAGAGUAACUGAAUGCUCUCACCUCACACACUAAUCAAGAUGUAAUUUGUGCACUGCCAGAUAUAUUGGAUCUUAUAGCACUGGGGCAAUCACCACUACAUUACACAAGUAUAUUUGCAGUGAAGGAUCUCGUGAAGGAUUUAUUAUAAUUGUAUGCAAUCAAAAUCAUGUUAAGGAAUGACCUUUGAAGGUGGAGGGGAGGUGAUGUAGAACUGGUAGAAGUUUGUUCAGGGAUUGUCUGUGUGCAGGGAUUCACUGUGUGCAGGGAUUGUCUGUGUGCAGGGAUUCACUGUGUGCAGGGAUUGUCUGUGUGCAGGGAUUCACUGUGUGCAGGGAUUCACUGUGUGCAGGGAUUCACUGUGUGCAGGGAUUGUCUGUGUGCAGGGAUUGUCUGUGUGCAGGGAUUGUCUGUGUGCAGGGAUUCACUGUGUGCAGGGGUUGACUGUGUGCAGGGAUUCACUGUGUGCA